UUACAAUACGAUUUCCCGCCGGCGUAAUCCAGCUACCUAUCUUUCAUCAUGCGCCCAAUUAUAAGUGAGAUUAGACAGGCAAUGCCCCGGCAUACCGAGCUGGUGGUUAUUAUAUCCGAAUCCUCCGACGCCGUGUCAGGAUUGGCGGGCCAGAAAGAAGUGAUCAAAUGUCUCAAUCGGGACCUUUCCGAAGUCCGCGAAUGCAUCGCUGAGCUGCAGAACGCGAGUGCCGAGCAGAAUGUAGUGUCCGAGGAAAGCGAAGUGACCGGGCAAGAUGAAAUGCAGAAGGAGGGUGAAGCGUCCAAACCACGUAUGCUUGCAUCUAUGAAACGAUUCUUCGAGCCCAUAGAGUCCGGGAGAAAGAAGCUGGGGGCCAGAUACCAAGAGGGACAGGAACACGAACAAGCCCAGGGUCAGGUCCAGGGGCAGGUUCAGGAAGGGCUAGACGAUAGCGACAUAAACAACCAGAUACGCCUGGCUCAAGAUAGAGAGAACACUAUCCUAGACUGGAUCGCCAAAUCCUCAGAGAUCCAGAGAGGUUUCGAGGAGCGGGUAGACCUUCGUCGCACAGCGGAACAUGAGCUCGAUCGCCUAUAUACUCACUUAUUCCAAGGCCCGACGGAAGCCUUCCCCGAAGAAGACGAGCACGAAAUCACCGCCUAUGAUGCUAUGCAAGAAUACCACAACAUAGCCUCCAAGGCAGAGAAUGAAGGAUGUGCCGCCAAUCUCUUGGAAGCAGCGAUCACGCGACUGGAGGAAGCCUACAAUCACACCGAGAGGGCUCUAAAUAAUGGCACCAAAAGGUCAGAAUACUCGCCGAACGACCUAGCGGUGAUAAACGCGCUAGACGAAGCCGAUAUUGAUGCCAGAAAGGGACGGGUACUUGUGUUGGAGGCGCAGGUGAUGUCGUCUGAAGUGCCAAACCUUCUCGAUAUCAAAACUGGGUACCACAACUUGAUGCUCGAUUUUCUCUCCAAGCCUUGGGCCACGAGGAGUUUCAUGGAUGCCGUUCACGACUCUCGGCUCGGACUCCACAAUGCAAAGGGCCAACUGGCCGAGGAGAGGAAAAAGGCCGUGCUGAGACAUCAUAAAUUCCGGCUUGAAGCAGAAACCCUGGGAGCGGCUGAGGUGAUAACGAAAGAGAAACUCCAAAAGGAGAGGAGGAAGAUAUUCUACCGCGUUGCCCCUGGCGACGAGGGUAUCCCCACCCACGAUCCCCCUCCAUUUCCCGGCGCUGGUCCCUCCAAUGAUCCCUCCAGCUGUGCCUCCAAAGAGUAAACGACGUUCCUUGCCAUUCUCUACAAUGUAUCGACUUCCAAGCCCUGUGUGUGCUAGGCGAUGAUAACCUCGAUAGCGAUUUCCUUUCCUUCAAAACCUCGAAGCGAGAUGCUCAGAUAGUGGCACGGCUCAUUGGCAGAUGUAUGCUUGUCUAUCAUUCCCACCCCUCACUUUCCGCGUGGUUCGAGUGCGGUGUUACCCAGAGCCAACUUUCACGCCAUAACAUAAAUACGAGAAACCCCACGCAGAGUCAGACAGCGAUAUAAAAAUACAUUAUUGAACGAAAUAAAAUAAAUUGCUAUUUUGAGCUUGUACGGACAACCUUUCUACUCUACGUACCCGCGAUGAACUACCAGUGAAGACUACUGAGAAACACUCAUGGGCGAGACUGUUGUCGUCGGGAAGAUGUGUAUGUAGGCUUCAAUCCUGUGCCUGUGGCAAGAUCAUCGACCACGGUAGCGAGAUUUACCGA